AUGGCGAUUUCAAGUGUGGGUUUCGCUUGCAGAUCCUAUUUCCCUGUUCGUUCUCUUCAGUACCACUGCUUAUGGAAGAUUCGGUUCAACACUGUUGCUGCUGCAAUUGAGAAAAUGGAUGAGCCAGAUGGUUUCGCCAAGGACGGUGAUCAUCAAGACAAUCUUUCUGAUGGAAUAAGGUAUGGUAUCAAAGGGGAUCGUGAGUGGAAGCAAUUGAGUUCGAAAGACCUUGGAAUAAGCAGUUCAAUGAUUGCAAAGCCGACGAGAAAAGUGCUUAAUGGCCUUAAGAGCAAAGGAUAUGAUGUUUACCUUGUGGGAGGCUGUGUAAGGGAUCUCUUUCUGAAGCGGAUACCAAGAGACUUCGAUAUAAUCACUUCUGCAGAACUCAGAGAGGUGGUUCGAAUUUUCUCAAGAUGUGAAAUUGUUGGAAGAAGGUUUCCUAUAUGUCACGUACACGUUGGGGAUGAUAUAGUAGAGGUUUCGAGUUUUAGUACCUCUGCACAUAAUUCUCGGAGAAACAUGAGAAAUGAAUUAAGAGAACCCAGUGGCUCAGAUGGUGACGAGGACUGUAUCCGUUUGAAUAACUGUUUGCAGCGAGAUUUCACAAUUAAUGGGUUGAUGUUUGAUCCAUAUGCCAAAGUAAUAUAUGACUAUCUGGGAGGAAUAGAAGAUAUUAGAAAAGCAAAAGUUCGAACAGUGAUCCAUGCUGGAACUUCUUUUCAACAGGACUGUGCUCGGAUUCUGCGUGCAAUAAGAGUUGCUGCACGUUUAAAUUUCAGAAUUUCCAAGGAAACAGCUCAUUUUAUUAAGAACCUUUCUUUUCUAGUACAAAGACUUGACAAGGGAAGGAUCUUGAUGGAAAUGAAUUACAUGUUAGCUUAUGGAUCAGCAGAAUCUUCUUUGAGAUUGCUGUGGAAAUUUGGGAUACUAGAAAUUAUUCUACCAAUUCAGGCAGCGUAUCUUGUGCGCAGUGGUUUCAAGAGACGUGACAAAAGGACUAACAUGCUUCUGUCUCUCUUUGCUAGUUUGGAUACAUUGUUAGCGCCUGACAGACCUUGUCACAGCAGCUUAUGGAUAGCAAUCUUGGCGUUUCACAAAGCACUUGCUGAUAAACCUCGAAGUCCGUUAGUGGUUGCUGCGUUUAGCCUCGCUGUUCACAACGGUGGAGAUAUUCUGGAAGCUGUGGCAAUCACAAAGAAGAUCACUAGGCCAUACGAUAGAAGCUUCUUCGAGCUAGUAGAGCCCGAGGAGACUUCCGACUUUCAAACCGUGUUGGAUGAGGUCAUGGAUCUUGAUGCAUCAAUCAAAGAUGCCUUAAACCAGAUGACUGAUGCGUAUUUUAUCUCUAAAGCUAUGGCAGCUUACCCUCAAGCACCGUAUUCCGAUUUGGUGUUUAUACCGUUGCAGCUAUAUCUUAGAGCAGGCAGAAUCUUCCAGUGUGUGAAAGAAGAGAAAGGAAUGGGAUUUGAGGCGAAGCAAGGAAGCAAGAUUGAUUAUGGUUUGUCAUAUUCAGGGGAUGUUCCAGAGAAUCGGCAUGUGUUUGCGAGGGUUGUGUUCGAUACCGUUUUUCCGUUAGAGUUAUCUCAAGAACUGUGA